AUGGCAUCACGCUCGGCCCGAUCCUCUCCGACGCGCCUUCUCUACUCCCUAUGCACCGCAUCCGCCAGCCCCACGCCGUCGCGGGCAUCCACGGCCGCUCUGCUGACCGGAAAUUUCCACAUCCGUAGUUUCUCCGCCGGGAGCGCCGCCGCCGCGCGGCUUAGGGAGGAGAAGGAGGCCUGGUGGAAAGAGUCCCUGCAGAAGCUUCGCAACAUCGGGAUUUCAGCUCACAUAGAUUCCGGCAAAACGACGCUCACGGAGCGGGUGCUGUACUACACGGGUCGGAUCCACGAGAUUCACGAGGUCAGAGGUAAAGAUGGGGUUGGAGCGAAGAUGGAUUCCAUGGAUUUGGAGAGAGAGAAAGGGAUUACCAUACAGUCUGCUGCCACAUACUGUAACUGGAAGGACUAUCAGGUUAAUAUAAUCGACACACCAGGCCAUGUCGAUUUUACUAUUGAAGUGGAGAGAGCUUUGCGUGUACUUGAUGGUGCCAUUCUUGUCCUUUGUAGUGUUGGUGGUGUACAGAGUCAAUCAAUCACUGUUGACAGGCAAAUGAGAAGAUAUGAGGUCCCAAGACUUGCUUUUAUCAAUAAGCUAGAUAGAAUGGGGGCCGAUCCAUGGAGAGUUCUAAAUCAGGCGAGAGCUAAACUUCGACACCACAGUGCUGCCGUGCAGAUCCCAAUUGGUUUGGAAGAUGACUUCAAAGGUCUCAUUGACCUGGUCAACAUGAAAGCUAAUUACUUUCAUGGUUCCAGUGGUGAGAAUGUUGUGAUUGAGGAUAUUCCUGCUAAUCUUGAAGAAUUAGCUCAAGAAAAGAGACGUGAACUAAUUGAAGCUGUCUCGGAGGUUGAUGAUAACCUUGCUGAAGCAUUCCUUAGCGAUGAACCUAUAUCAGCCACCGAACUCGAGGAAGCUAUCCGUAGAGCUACUGUAGCACGAAAAUUUGUGCCCGUGUUCAUGGGUAGUGCUUUCAAGAAUAAGGGAGUCCAACCACUUCUUGAUGGUGUACUUAGCUACUUGCCGUGUCCUUCUGAAGUUAGUAACUAUGCCCUUGACCAAUCUAAGAAUGAAGAAAAGGUUACAUUGACUGGAAGUCCAGCUGGUCCGCUUGUUGCCUUAGCUUUCAAGUUGGAAGAAGGGCGAUUCGGGCAGUUGACAUAUUUGAGAAUAUAUGAAGGUAUCAUUAAGAAGGGCGAUUUUAUAAUUAAUGUGAACACCGGCAAAAAAGUUAAGGUCCCUCGACUGGUUCGGAUGCAUUCAAACGAAAUGGAGGACAUUCAACAAGCUCAUGCAGGACAAAUAGUUGCUGUAUUUGGUGUAGAUUGUGCUUCAGGGGAUACAUUUACUGACGGGUCAGUCAGAUACACCAUGACUUCCAUGAAUGUGCCUGAGCCAGUUAUGUCAUUGGCUAUAUCAGCAGUCUCGAAAGAUUCUGGAGGAAAUUUUUCGAAAGCCCUGAAUCGCUUUCAGAAAGAGGACCCUACUUUCCGUGUCGGUUUAGACCCCGAGAGUGGCCAAACUAUUAUAUCAGGAAUGGGGGAACUCCAUUUGGAUAUAUAUGUCGAGCGCAUGCGGAGGGAGUACAAGGUUGAUGCAAUGGUUGGGAAGCCACGUGUCAACUUCAGAGAGACCAUUACUCAGCGUGCUGAGUUCGACUAUCUACACAAGAAGCAGAGUGGGGGACAAGGUCAAUACGGAAGGGUUAUCGGGUAUAUGGAACCACUUCCACCGGGCUCCGGUACUAAGUUCGAAUUCGAGAACAUGCUUGUGGGACAAGCUAUACCUUCUAAUUUUGUGCCAGCAAUUGAAAAGGGUUUUAAAGAGGCUGCCAACUCGGGCUCUCUAAUCGGGCAUCCAGUGGAAAAUAUUCGUAUUGUUUUGAACGACGGUGCAGCUCAUACCGUGGAUUCAAGUGAACUUGCUUUUAAAUUGGCUUCUAUAUAUGCCUUCAGACAGUGCUAUACGGCAGCAAAGCCUGUUAUAUUGGAGCCUGUUAUGUUAGUUGAGUUGAAAUUUCCUUCAGAAUUUCAGGGCACUGUAACUGGCGAUAUUAACAAGUCAGUACCUCUUAACAAUAUGUUUGGUUACUCGACCUCCCUUCGGUCAAUGACUCAGGGCAAAGGUGAAUUUACGAUGGAGUAUUUAGAGCACUCACAAGUUUCUCAAGAUGUACAGACACAGUUGGUGAAUGCACACAAGGCUACGAAAGGGGGAGAUUAG